UUCACAAGUUUGCGCUAUAACGGCUUUCAGAUCAAGGAAUAUAGCCCUUGAGUCAUUUCCCAACAUGACACCUUCCACAAGACAUUUUCAACAGAUAUUUAUAAAAUUACCUUCUAGGCUGAUUUCCUUUUUCUCAUUUCUUCAGGGAGACCUACCAGCCACAUGUCCCAGUGGCCGAGGGAAAUUGGAGCACAGUGACCGGAUUCACGCUGACUGCCUUCCCAACCCUCCUGGAGUUUCGAAUCCCCCUCUUUGUGGUUCUCUUGUUGACUUACAUACUAACUGCCAUGGGGAACAUUAUCAUCAUCUCCCUAAUAUGGGCUGAUAAUCGCCUCCAAACCCCAAUGUACUUUUUCCUCAGUAAUUUGUCCUUUCUGGAUAUUUUAUACACCACUGUCAUUACCCCAAAGUUGUUAGCCUGCCUCCUAGGAGAGAAGAAAAACAUAUCCUUCGCUGGCUGCAUGACUCAGACAUAUUUCUACUUCUUUCUGGGGACAGUGGAGUUUAUCCUAUUGGCAGUGAUGUCCUUUGACCGCUACGUGGCCAUUUGCAACCCCCUGCGCUAUACCAUCAUCAUGAACAGCAGGGUCUGCCUCCUGCUGGUCCUGGGCUGCUGGGUGGGGGCCUUCCUGUCCGUGUUGGUACCAACCAUAAUAGUGACAAGGCUCCCCUACUGCAGCAAAGAAAUUAAUCAUUUUUUCUGUGACAUUGCCCCUCUUCUACAGGUGGCCUGCAUAGAUACUCACCUCAUUGAGAAGAUAAACUUUCUCCUGUCUGCCCUUGUCAUCCUGAGCUCCCUGGCAUUCACUACCGGGUCCUACGCCUACAUCAUUUCUACCAUCCUGCGCAUCCCCUCUGCCCAAGGACGUCAGAAAGCUUUUUCUACCUGCGCUUCCCACAUCACUGUCGUCUCCAUCGCCUACGGGAGCAACAUCUUUGUGUAUGUGAGACCCAAUCAGAACCAUUCACUGGACUUUGACAAGGUAGCCGCUGUCCUCAUUACCGUGGUGACCCCUCUUCUGAACCCUUUUAUUUAUAGCUUGAGGAAUGAAAAGGUGAAAGAAUUAUUGAGAGAGGCAAUGACCCGAAUCAUGUCCCUUUACUAAGGAGAACCAGACAUUCGUGCUGAGUAUAUCACACAAUGUUUCUUAUCUUCAGCACAUUCCUUCUGCAUAAAUAUAGUGCCAUGUUGGUAUGUCACAAACCAGAGACUAUGUCAAUAGGAUGAGCAACGCACAUACCAAACUUAAAGAAAAUUCUGCUUAUGUCUGGGGAAAAAAAUUUCUUUUUUUUUUUGUUAGGCCACAGGUGCAGCAUAUGGGAGUUCCCAGGCUAGGCAUCGAAUCAGAGCUGUAUUUUUAAAUAAGGUGGUUAAGAAAAUCUUCUCUGAGAAGGUGACCUUUGAAUAAAGAUUUGAAGAUGAGCAUGUGAGCUAAGUGGAGAAUACCUGGAUAGAUGAUUACAUGAAAGUAGCACAAAGACCUCAAGAUUUGGUAAGAGUGUGGGAAGCAAACUCGCGUGCUGAAGCAAUCAGCCUCUGGGGGCAGAGGUCAUCUGAAGAGUUCUGCUGUCAGAUUCCAGGCACCCGUGCAAGCACCAAGAGGAGCCGGGUCCAUCAGCACACUGCACUAGAACUAAAAGCCAAAACCCUGGACUCUACUGAUCCCAUAUUGCUAAUGAAUUAGUAAUUAAACAUAGCCACAUAUCAGCAAUAAAUAUUGACUUCCUGUCAGAAAAUGUAUAAAGUAAAAUUAUACAUGAUUUACCCAUAGGAUCAUUUUGAUUUCUUUCAAUGAGUUCCUUUCUUAACAACUUUGAAGUUAAAGAAUAUUUUAUAUGUUUUUAAAGAUACAUCUGAAAUAGUGACAAACCAAAUGAUUUAGUUGCUUAGUAGACAAAUGAUUUAGUUGCUUAGUACACUGGUUAUCAAAAUCUGUCCCCCAAACCAGCAACAUCAGCCUCAUCUCGGAACAUGCUACAAAUGAAAUUUCUAGGCACAUCCCAGGACAGCUGUAUCUGAAAAUCCAGAGGCAAAGCCCAACAAUCUGUGUUCUAACAAGCUUUCCAGAUGCUACAUUAGCAAGCAAACAUUUGAGCCAGGCAGGUAAUCAUUUUCCGAGACACAUAUAUCAUUGUUAUUGCUCAAAAAACCUUUAAAUAUCACUGGGAAACUUGCCUUACAAUGUACUUGCUAUCUGACUUUUUAAAUCAUGUAGAACACAGUAUUAUUACUUAUCAUUAUUAUGAUGAUUAUCCUUAUUCUUAUCAUAGGUAUUAAUUAGAUCUUAUUGGUGUCAAAGGAUUGAAUUAGUUACCAAAGCUGAGUUUAUUCCUGACUAUGGAGAAGUACUUCACUAGAAUACUAGAGAGAA